AUGGCUACAGUUAUCCCACCCCAAUCGAAAAAACAAAAGAGAGAAGCUCAACAACCGCGUGACGUCUCAUUGAUUCCAACAGGUCUCCCAAAUGUAUCGAUUAAAUUCCAAGCACUAGACAGUGGUGAAACAGUUGGAGGUUCAUUAAGAGUUCCAGGAGGAAUUACUGAAAAGCAAUUAGAAGAAUUAUUAAACCAAUUAAAUGGUACUGCUGAUGAUCCUGUUCCGUAUACAUUCAGUUGUGAUGUGGAAGGUAGAAGACCUAUGGAUCCUAUCCAACCCAUUGAUAUCAAGGAUAACUUAUAUUCUUCAAUCUUAGAACCAGGUUAUCGUACAACAGAAGAUACAAUAACGUUAGUAUAUACACCAAGAGCUAUUUUCAAAGUUAGACCCGUGACGAGAAGUUCUUCUGCCAUUGCAGGUCAUGGAUCUACCAUAUUAUGUAGUGCUUUUGCACCAAAUUCAAGUUCAAGAAUGGUUACUGGUGCAGGUGAUAAUACUGCACGUAUUUGGGAUUGUGAUACACAAACUCCAAAGGCUACUUUGACUGGUCAUACUAACUGGGUUCUUUGUGUUUCUUGGUGUCCUAAUGGUGAAGUUAUUGCCACUGGGUCUAUGGAUAAUACUAUUAGACUCUGGGAAGGGAAAUCUGGUAAACCCGUUGGUGAUGCUCUUAGAGGUCAUUUGAAAUGGAUCACUUCAUUAGCAUGGGAACCUAUUCAUCUUGUUAAAGCAGGCGAGCAACCGAGAUUGGCAUCUGCAUCCAAAGAUGGUACCAUUAAGAUUUGGGAUACUUCAAGAAGAGUAUGUUUAUAUACACUGAGUGGUCAUACUAAUUCUGUUUCAUGUAUUAAAUGGGGUGGCCAAGGCAUAUUAUAUUCCGGAUCUCAUGAUAAGACUGUUAGAGCUUGGGAUAUGAAUUCUGAAGGUAGAUGUAUAAAUGUUUUAAAAUCACAUGCACAUUGGGUCAACCAUCUCUCGUUAUCUACUGAUUAUGCCUUGAGAGUUGGUCCAUUUGAUCAUACUGGUGUUGAACCAACAUCUCCAGAGGACGCUAGGGAUAAAGCUUUAAAGAAUUAUGAGAAAGUUGUGAAGAAAAAUGGUCGAGUUGAAGAACUAAUGGUAACAGCCAGUGAUGAUUUCACCAUGUUCCUUUGGAAUCCACUAAAAUCAACUAAACCACUAGGAAGAAUGACAGGUCAUCAAAAAUUAGUGAAUCAUGUUGCAUUCAGUCCCGAUGGGAGAUAUAUAGUAUCUGCAUCUUUCGAUAACUCUAUUAAACUAUGGGAUGGUAGAGAUGGUAAAUUUAUUUCCACAUUUAGAGGUCAUGUUGCAAGUGUCUAUCAAGUGGCAUGGUCUGCGGAUUGUAGGUUGCUUGUAUCCUGUUCUAAGGAUACUACUUUAAAAGUUUGGGAUGUUAGAACAAGGAAAUUGUCAGUUGACCUUCCCGGUCAUAAAGAUGAAGUCUUCACUGUUGAUUGGAGUGUAGAUGGUAAAAGGGUAUGUAGUGGUGGUAAAGAUAAAAUGGUUAGAAUAUGGACUCAUUGA